AUGGCCUUCAACUUUAACUGGUCGCCGCUUGCGGCCGAUGCCAGCUUCUACCAGCGCGCCCGGGACCUCCUGACCACUGCCCUGAACAAGACUCCGAAGCCUCCCAUUAUCGUCGACGACAUCAUUGUCACCGAAUUCAAUCUAGGCUCCGUCCCUCCCGACCUCGAAAUCCUCGAGAUCGGCGAUAUCGCCGCCGACCGGUUCCGCGGCAUCUUCAAAAUGUGCUAUACGGGCGAUGCCUUUCUCACCCUCAAAACACGCGUACAGGCCAAUCCGCUAAACACAUAUCUCUCCUCCAAACCAUCCUUCACCUCUCCAGAACCACUCGCCGCGGCAUCCAGCUUGACGAUCCCACUCCAAAUCACAUUAUCCGAAAUCAAACUCUCCGCCUUCAUUAUUGUCGUUUUUUCAAAACAGAAGGGGUUGACUCUUGUAUUUCGCAAUGACCCCCUCGAAUCGCUCAAGGUCUCGUCGACCUUUGACUCCAUUCAGUUUGUUAGGGACUACCUGCAACGGACGAUCGAGGGCAAACUCCGCGACCUGAUGAUGAAUGAGCUGCCGGCCAUCAUUCACCGCCUGUCACUUCAGCUGUGGUCGCCCGACCAGGCACCCAAGGAGGACAGCAACGCUACCGCCGAUGAUGACGGUGAGGUGCGCGUGAACCCGUUAGCCGACGUGCCGCCAGAUGCGGUGGACGCGUAUGGCAACCCCAUCGACGCUGGCGAGAUAUCGUCACUGUCGACCACAGGCAGCCCAGAAACCCAGUCGCUCUUCUCGCAGAAGAACCUUGUGCGGCUGGCGGCGCUUACCAACUCACACCGGACACUGUCGCUGUUCACCCCUGGCAUUCGGGAAGUUGUCUUUCGGGCAUGGACACGGCCAGUUGAUCGGCAGGAUGCCAACGGCAGCGGCGGAACCGGCAGCAGCAGCAGUCCGCCGUUCUCGACACCGAAUCUGGCGCGGUACAACUCGUAUACGGCAGCAGCAACAUCCACGACCGCCACUACUACCACAUAUACAUUCUCCGACACGGGCAGCCAAGUUCACGGUCAUUUACCUGCACGGCCAUCAAUGGUCAGCAUGGGCUCCGUGACUACAGGACUGUCCCUGGGUGCCAAUCACAGCCGACAUAGCAAGGCCUAUGGCGGCGCGCGCAAGAAGAAGACGCGCGUGGUCAAUCUGCGCAAGAGCAGCGACAGCAGCAGCAGCAGCAGCAAGGCCCCCAUUGGUGUCGGUGCGCCGGUCAGCGAGGUCGAGACAGGAUCCGAUAGCGUAUCGGUGCAGGGCGCCUUGUCGGAGCCCAUUCUUCCAGCAUCGAUUCCCGAGGAGAAUGAACUGGAAGUACAGCCAGAACUGGCGACAGGGCCCCCGGGCAGACCAGGGCUAGCUGGGCUAGCAGAACUGGGACAGCCGGCAGGACAAGGAGUGCAGGCACAGACAGCGGCCGCCAUUGCCAUCGAGCCAGUCACCAGCAUUGGCGCAACGCUGGCAGCAGCCGGCCGUGCCCCGGACCAGAAGGCGCCUGAAACGGCAGAAGCAGCAGUGCCAAGGGCGAUGGUGCCCGGGUUUAUGCACGCGGGGGGCGUGCUAGAAGCGGCGCUGGCCGACGAAAAGCGGCGAUCUCAGGCGGCGGCGGUAACAGCAGCCGCAGCAUUAGCAACAUCAACGCGGCCAGGCAUAAGACCAGGUACACGGUCCGGCGCACGGCCCAACGCACGGCCACCGCAGACAGCACAGAACGACUCGUCAACAGUGGUGGAGAAGGAGUGGAUUAUGAAGAUGGCGAGCGAGAUUGCCAGGCGGGUCUACGACGAGAACCGCAAGAACCCUACCUUUUGGGACGAAGCGCCACCUCCGGCUGACCAGUCGCGACAGCAAUCAGCAAUUAGCAAUCAGCAGUUCUGCUGUUCCCGACCGACGUUGGCGCCCGCCGCGAGACGUCUUCCCGUUGCAGUGCGCCUGCGUCCGCAGCUGGCCAGCCGGCUUUGCAGCCUUCCGACGAGCACGAGCAGCCUCGAGGCAUCGACGGUAGCUAGCAGCGACAUCCAGGAAGCGAUCGGGCGACGGUGGUGCGACCGGGGUGGUGCGUGCGAGACUAUGGCGCCGACGAGCGAGAAGAAGGCGGACAGGGCGACGCUGCUGAGCUCGAUCAACCCGUGGGGAGCAUCUCGGCGCAACGCGUCGCCGGCGCGAGGGUCCGAGGCCGAGACGCCGUCUGUUGGUGUGGCUAGCGGGCCAGGAGGAAUCGGAGCAGUUGCGGCAGCCGGAGCGACAGGGGCAGCAACAGUACUGGGACUAGGCUCGACGUCGGGGCCAACGAUGGGUUCUGGCGCAGCAACACCGUCAGGGGGCGUGCAGGACCACAGCAUCAGCCCAUUCUAUGGACGGAGCAUCCGCGAGUAUCCAGCCGGAUGCCCGCUGCUGAACGUGCAGUGGUUCCACGCCGUGGACGUGCCGAAGCGCAAGGCCGAGUGGUUCAAGGGCAAGAAGGCGGUGGCCAAGGACGGCAAACCACCGCCACGGCCGAAAAAGUACGUGGCUUUCUCGAUAUCUGACAGCCGAUCGAUCGAGACGGCGUACCAGGCGGUGCUGGAAAAGAUGGAGGACAGCCGACGGACGUCGGGAGCGCAGGCGUGGGGUACGCGCCGGCGGUCGCCAUCCUCACGACGGGACACGGCCGAUUCGGGCGACCUGGGCGAUAUGGGGAUGGAGGGAAGCGAUGUUGACGGACUGGGACGCGGACAGACCGGCCAGCCUGGUUCCCGUCACGGCCGCGGCGUCAAAGUGCCGGUCAACGAGGAUUUCUUGUUCGACGUGAAUGUUGAGGACCGCGAGCUGACGCCGGUCUACUGGCUCGGACCGGUCUAUGACGUGCGGCGCGGCAGCUGGUUCUAUCAGGAGGGCUCGACGCUGCGGCCGUGUGAGGAGAACUUGGCGGCACAGCUGGAGGAGGGCUACCUGAAGGUGCGGCCGUGGCAAUAUGCGAGCGAGAGCUUGACUGAAGAUGCGGGCGGUCCUGGAGGCUCCAGUAGCUCUGGUGGCUCUGGCGGUCCGGGGAGUUCUGCAUCUACGCCUCCUCUAACCUCUGCCACUACGUCUACGACGGCUGGCGACUCCUCGCAGCUGCAGACGCACCGGUUGUUUGGGCAGUACAUGAACCAUGUGGCCACAUAUCAAGACGCGACGACGGCCUGGCUGUCGACGGACGGGAUGCUGUCGUGGGUGACGUCGACCGUGUACGAGCGCUUUUCGGGCGGUGGCUUCAUGAGCGGCGUCAAGCUGGUGCGUGGGUACUCGGAGCCAAAGAAGGCCAAGGAAGCCAAGGAGGCCAAAGAGACCAAGGAGACCAAGGACGCAAAGGACGGCAAAGAGAAGCAGCAGCAGCAGCAGCCGACCGGCGGGAAUGCAACCGACGAAAAGAGGGCCAAGGCGCUCAAGAGGCGGUCGGCGCCGCCCAGCAUACAGUCGGAGCGAUCGGACGGCGACAUUGGCGGCGGCGACGAUGCAGAGGCGGUGUCUGAGGUGCAGUUCCGAGGCAAGCAGCUGCUGUCAUCUUUGAUGGGAGGCGGCGGAAAGAGCAGCCGCAGCAACAGCAGCGCGAACGUGCCAGAGGCACAAGAAGAGGAGAUCCGCAAGCGGGAGGAAAAGGAGAUCCAGGAUGACUACAACGGGCAGAGUGGAGAGACGCAGGGUCGCGAGAUCGAACAUCUUGUCCUGGUGACUCACGGAAUCGGACAACUACUGGGAAUUCGCAUGGAGAGCCUAGACUUCAUCCACGACGUCAACAUGCUGCGCAAGACGCUUAAGGCAGUGUACGCGGGCUCACCCAGUCUGCGGGCGCUGAACUCGGAGCUGCCGGGCGGUCCAGGCAACUGUCGCAUCCAGGUGCUACCAGUGUGCUGGCGUCACAUCUUGGACUUUCCCAAGCGUAACGAGGGACGGCAGCAGACGCAGGACCUCGGUGACAUGAACGAGGAGGAAGAUUCAUAUCCGGCCCUGGAGGAUAUCACGAUUGAGGGGAUGGCGUUUGCGCGGUCGCUAAUCUCAGAUCUGGCGCUGGACGUGCUGCUGUUCCAGAGCUCCUACCGCGACCAGAUCUCGGAGAUUGUGGUGCGGGAGGCGAACCGGAUCUACCGGCUGUUCCGUGAGCGCAACCCGGGCUUCAAGGGCACGGUGCACGCCGUCGGACACUCGCUCGGCUCAGCCAUUCUGUUUGACAUAUUCUGUCGGCAGCGGGAUGACCGGACAGUAGCGCAGUCGAGGCCUGGCAGUGGCAGUUCCAAGCAAGCCCGGGACCUGAGCCUUGCGUUUGACGUUGAGGACUUUUACUGUCUGGGCUCACCGGUGGGCCUAUUCCAGAUGCUGGAGGGUCGGACCAUUGCGGCACGGCCUGAAAGCAGCGAUGGGGGAACAAAAGGAGGAGGAAAAGGACGCACAGCGUUUGUGGACCUCACGUUGAACGAGUCGGAUGCUGAGCCGCGGGUGGUGUCAUCGCCGCGGGUGUCACAGCUGUUCAACGUGUUCCACCCGUCGGACCCGAUCAGCUACCGGCUGGAACCGCUGAUCUCACCGCCCAUGGCCAGCCUCAAGCCGCAGGUGCUGCCCUACACCAAGCGCGGCCUCUUUGGCAGCGUGGCGCCACAGGGACUGACCGGCAUCGGUGCCAAGGUUGGUCAGAGCGUGUCGGGCCUGUGGUCGAGCUUGUCGGCUGGAAUUGCGAGCAACCUGCUGAACCGCAGCCUGGGCUUCAGCCAGGAAGACGUGGCGAAGCUAGGCCAGGAGGCGGGCGGUGCUGCUGCUGUGUCUCCCGGGGGAGAUGUGGCGCUUGUCGACGGCGAUGUUGAGACGUUGUACUCGCACUUUCAGAAGAAGCGCGCCAGCCUGAAAGGCGAGGAUGCGACGACAGGCAGCCACAGCAGCCAGUGGCUGGCCGAAGAGGCCAAAGCGCAGCGCAUGCGUCGUGAGGAGGCCAAGGUGCGGGCGCUCAAUCGCAACGGCCGUGUGGACUAUAGCAUUCAGGAGAGCGUGCUCGACUUCAAUCCCAUCAACACCAUCGCCUCGCACAUGGCCUACUGGGCCGACGAGGACGUCAGCCACUUUAUCAUGUCGCAGGUGCUCUCGCACCGGGCACGACCGACGCGGAAGCGCAAGAACCAGCAUGCGCAUGAGACGUAG